AACUACUCAAAAUAAUCAUAAACUUGAUUUGUUCUACUUUAUGAGGCUUCCAACAAAACUAAACAGAGUUUCAAAGAAAAAUCGUAAUCUUGGCUUCGGAGGGUGGAUGGCGAGAGUUGCUGCCCCGAAGACCAUAGAGAGUAUGUCCGAAGAUCAUCACGACGAGGAGCAAUUCGACUCUGCCGAGUCCGGAGCUGCUGCUACUUUCCCGAAGCAAUGCUCGGCUCUUCGCAAGAACGAGCACGUCAUGAUCCGAGGAAGACCAUGCAAGAUCGUCGAGAUGAGCACCUCCAAGACUGGAAAGCACGGACAUGCUAAGGUUCACAUGGUUGCCAUCGAUAUUUUCACCACCAAGAAGCUUGAGGAUAUCUGCCCAUCCACCCACAACAUGGACGUCCCAGUCGUCAAGAGACGCGAGUACAUUCUCAUGUCGAUCGAAGACGGGUUCUGCUCGCUCAUGGAUCCAGAAUCUUGCGAGCUCAAAGACGAUCUCAAAAUGCCAGAAGGAGACUUGGGAAACACUAUCCGUGAGGCUCUCGAGAAAGACGAAGGAAGCGUCUUGGUUCAAGUCGUUGCUGCCUGCGGAGAGGAGGCUAUUCUCGGAUACAAGAUUUCUACCAAGGAAUAAUUGCAUUUAUAUACAAUUUCAUAAUAAAAGCAGUUCCAGUUUAAUC